AUUUGAGCCGUGCGAAAUUAUCAGACAACAAAUCCGCGUGCUGCAUUUGACUACCGAAAAUUAAUACAAAACUGCGAACAAAAUGGAUGACGAGGCGGAAACUUACAAGCUGUGGCGCAUACGAAAGACGAUCAUGCAGCUGAGCCAUGAUCGCGGUUACCUGGUGACGCAGGAUGAAUUGGACCAGACGCUGGAGCAGUUCAAAGAAAUGUUUGGCGACAAACCCAGCGACAAGCGUCCAGCGCGUUCCGAUUUAAUUGUUCUCGUGGCCCAUAAUGACGACCCCACCGAUCAGAUGUUUGUCUUUUUCCCCGAGGAGCCGAAGAUCGGCAUCAAGACCAUUAAGACAUAUUGCACCCGCAUGCAGGAGGAGAACAUCCACAGGGCCAUCGUUGUGGUACAAGGUGGAAUGACGCCCUCGGCCAAACAAUCCCUGGUCGACAUGGCACCUAAAUAUAUAUUGGAACAAUUCCUGGAGUCCGAGCUGCUGAUAAACAUAACGGAACACGAGCUGGUGCCGGAGCAUGUAGUAAUGACGGCCGAAGACAAACAGGAGCUGCUCAGCAGAUACAAACUCAAGGAGAACAUGUUGAUGCGCAUCCAGGCCGGAGAUCCCGUUGCCCGCUACUUUGGCCUCAAGCGGGGCCAGGUUGUGAAGAUUAUACGCUCCUCGGAGACAGCUGGCAGAUAUAUAUCCUAUCGAUUGGUCUGCUAAGUGGCUUAAUAUUAAUACAAAUUAAAUUUAAUUAAAAAACAAAAUAUAAUUAUCAAUUAUAAUGUGCAGAAAAUUAAGAAUAUAACGCAUAUUAUCUGCAAUAUUUUUACACCCGAA